UUUACCUUCCUGUUGGGCGGAUUAUAAAACAGAAAUAAAUACCACUUAUUCUAUCCACUUCAGUGACGGAGUGAUAUUGAAAGUAGCUGUAUUUACAAUGGCAUCAUCAAUACCUCCUUGCGGUCCAUGUGAUAUCCAGCAUAUCACCAAUCUAUCUUUAGUCUGGUGCACAGAAUGUGAAGAAGGAUUAUGCACACAAUGCCUUAAACAUCAUACUGCUUCUAAAGCAUCGCGAAACCAUAAUACCAUGCCGAUCACCGAAUAUCAGGACUUACCAAGUGAUGUUAAAAAAUUCACCGAAAACUGUGAUAAACAUAAUGAGAAGUACACAAUUUACUGUAAAAAGCAUGAAUGUCCCUGCUGUGGUAGUUGUGUCGUAAUUGAUCACAUCGAUUGCCGAGACUUUGUCAGAUUAACCAACAUCAUCGACAAAGCCAAAACAUCGGAGUUUUUGAAUGAAAUUGAACAGUCGUUAUCAGAAAUGGUAGAAAAUAUAGAGAGAAUUCGUCAGAAUCGAGAAAACAACAUAAAGGCAAUAUCCGAGAAAAAGCAGCGUAUUGAAAAGGGAAUCAAGGAAACCCGGGCCAAAAUCAACAACCAUUUGGACAAAAUACAGAAUGCCAUAAUAGAAACAUUGAAUACAGUUGAAAAGAAUGAAACAGACAAAAUAAGACAAUUGCUUGCCUUAUUAGAUGGAAAGAGAUCCGACAUUUCUGAACACCAGAAAAAAGUAAACAAAAUCAAACAACACGCAACAAAUCUUCAGAUGUUUUUCUCUGGAAAGCAAUUUGAAAAUGAAGUUUCUUGCAAUAAUAAAUUCCUACAAACGUUAGUCGACACAGACAACUUACAAAAUAUAGAAUUGUCAUUUCAUCCCAGUGCCGUCUUACACAAAUUUGUGACAGGUAUCCCGGAAUUUGGAGACGUCAAGAUUGAGAAGAAACCAUGUGAUGUAAUCCUGUCAACGAAGAAAAACAAACAAGCCCAAAUAUUAGUACCACGCGUCUCAAAUAGAUCAGUCGAAGAUAUCAAUAUAAAGCUACAUAAAACUGUGGAAAGUAAGGGAUAUUAUACCAGGGGUUGUUGUUUGUUAUCAGAUGGAAGAAUGGCGUUUACGUUUUGUUAUUCAAACAUUGUCAAAAUAUUCAACACUGACGGCUCAAUCGAUUUUGAAGUUAAAACACCAUCAAUGGCAUUUGACAUAGCGUACAUCAGUGAAGACAACACAUUAGCUGUAUCAUCCGGAGAGUCAGUGAGACAUGGUAUUACAAUCAUCGACAUACAGAACAAAAAUAUAAAGAAGGAAAUACCACUUGAUAGUUAUUGUUUUGGCAUAACGGUGAAAGAUACACAAAUAAUUUGUUCUGCAGCUGGAAAAGGAAUACAAUUGAUCGAUCCAUACAACAACACAACAAAUGAAAUAGUCUGUGUAAGAUUACCAGAAAAUUGUUACGUUGCACAUUUUGGCGACAAAAUUUACCAUACAAAUAACAACACCGACUCCGUGAUAUGUUAUGGGUUACAGGGUGCAGCACAAUGGACAUUUAAGAACAAAAUUCUAAGGGGACCACAUGGUAUAUCUGUCGACAAUGAUGGUAACGUGUACGUAGUAGGGUACGCAUCAAACAAUGUGGUAGUCAUAUCUGCUGAUGGACAACAACACAAAGAAAUACUUACAUCAACUGAUGGUCUUACCAACCCCAUUUCUCUUAAUUAUGAUAAAAGUACAAAUCAGUUACUUGUUGCAAAUUAUGGUAAUACUGCAAUGCUUUUUACUUUGGUUUAA